CAAAUUUUUAUGUAUGUUUUACUUCGGAAUUGAACUUUAGCUAAAAGUCAUUACUAUUAACCUUUGAAAUAACAACCAGUUUUAUUAAAAUGUAUACGAUUAGGAAACUAGGUAGUAGAUCUUCCUUAAGAUGCAUGUUACAUUUAGGAAGACGCAAAAUAUGCACGGAAAGUUCCCAAGUCAUUGCCUCUACAAUAGAUAAGUCUUCGGCAGAAUAUCAGGAGAACUAUGACAGUCUGAAAAACAUAGUUGAUACUUUAAAAUCAGACGUCAAUACCAUUAUUCAAGGUGGAGGACCAAAAGCCGUUGAAAGACACUUAUCUAGAGGAAAAUUAUUGCCUAGAGAAAGGAUAAACACGCUCAUAGAUGAAGGCUCUUCAUUUCUUGAACUGUCUCAAUUAGCUGGCCAUAAUUUAUAUGGAAAAGAUAGUGUACCUGCUGGAGGUAUUAUUACUGGAAUAGGAAGAGUGUCUGGGACUGAGUGCUUGAUUGUUUGCAACGAUCCAACAGUGAAAGGAGGUACAUAUUAUCCUAUAACAGUUAAGAAACACUUAAGAGCUCAAGAAAUCGCCAGAGAAAAUAACCUUCCUUGUAUAUAUCUUGUUGACUCUGGUGGUGCAAACCUACCCCGACAAGACAAUGUUUUCCCUGAUAAAGAACAUUUCGGAAGAAUUUUCUAUAAUCAAGCAAGUUUAUCCGCUAUGGGAAUUCCACAGAUUGCUGUUGUAAUGGGAAGUUGUACGGCUGGCGGUGCUUACGUACCAGCAAUGGCUGAUGAAUCUAUUAUUGUCAAAAAUCAAGGAACAAUUUUUCUAGGUGGUCCUCCUCUAGUAAAGGCAGCCACUGGUGAAGACGUUACUGACGAAGAUUUAGGAGGAGCUGACCUUCAUUGUGGAAAAUCCGGUGUAACUGAUCACUAUGCUCUGGAUGAUGAACACGCUUUACAUGUAGCUAGAAGAGUAGUUAAAAACUUGAAUCGCUCAAAACAUAUGAACAUUACUAUUGAGAAGCCAGAAGAUCCUUUAUAUCCAGCAGAAGAGUUGUAUGGUAUUGUAGGAUCUAACUUGAAAAAAACAUAUGAUAUUCGACAAGUAAUAGCAAGAAUAGUCGAUGGAAGUAAAUUUGACGAAUUCAAAGAGAUGUAUGGGGAUACUUUAGUGACAGGAUUCUCAAGAAUUUGGGGUUUUCCUGUUGGAAUAAUUGGCAAUAACGGUGUCUUAUUUUCCGAAUCCGCAUUGAAAGGCACACACUUCAUUGAGCUCUGCUGUCAAAGAGGAAUCCCAUUAUUAUUCCUUCAAAAUAUCACUGGCUUUAUGGUUGGAAGAGAAGCCGAAGCAGGAGGCAUAGCUAAAAAUGGUGCCAAGAUGGUUACCGCUGUUGCUUGUGCUAAAGUGCCAAAAUUUACAGUUCUCAUUGGUGGAAGUUAUGGUGCAGGAAAUUACGGAAUGUGUGGUAGAGCAUAUAGCCCAAGAUUUUUGUACAUGUGGCCCAACUCUAGAAUUUCAGUUAUGGGUGGUGAACAAGCAGCUAAAGUCUUAGCAACAGUGUCAAAAAUGCAAAGAGAAAGAGAAGGAAAGACUUGGACUGAUGAAGAGGAAGAAGCUCUAAAAGCCCCAAUUAUCAAAAAGUACGAAAAAGAGGGUCAUCCAUAUUACGCCAGUGCUAGAUUAUGGGACGACGGAGUUAUCGAUCCAACUGCAACAAGAGAUAUAUUGGGUUUGAGUUUAUCAGCAUCAUUAAAUGCUCCUGUAGAGAAAACCAAAUUUGGAGUCUUCAGAAUGUAGAACAAAAUCAUUGGAGAGCUGAUUAAAAAAAUAACAUAUAUGCACCAUAAAAGAUAAAACGAAUAGUAACUAGUAUCCAUUUUAUUACUUAAUAAAAUGUGAAAAUUCAGUUGAAAUAUAUAUAUAUGAAAAGUAUUUAUUCUAACUUAUUGAAAUAGUACUUGACAUUGAUGGUGGUAAUGCAAAAGAGUACGGUAGAAUAAAUAGUUUGAAAGAGCUUCUAUUUAUACUAAAGAAAUUUAUCUGUAAUUAGCUUUAUCCUUGUUUUGUUGAUAAAUUAUUUAUUUUUAGGUGAAAUAUAAGCUAAUACAUAGGAUGCCUUUUAAGUAUCAAUGUAUCCUUGAAAAGGAAAUUAUGGAAGGAAAUUUGUUAAUAAUUCCCAAUAAUUAUAUUAUAUACAGACUAUUUAUAAAUUUAUCUUUAUAGAACAAUGUUCAAAUGUACUCAAAAUUUUGGAACAUCUGGUUCAAAGUACAAUAAAAACACAUGUUCUGAAAUAUUAAACUGAUGAAAUUAGACGAUAAUUUUAUCCAGUAUUAUACGAAACAUGGAUAUUUAUGAUCUAUAUUGCAAUAAACUCUUUUCUCAAUAUUUUGUUACUUUUAUAAAAGUACACAUUGGCUACACUUCUCAAAUUAUAGAUGUAAUAAAUGUUUUCUUUUGAAGGAUAUAUUAACAAUUUAC